UCCCCUGUGCCGCGCGGGCAGUCAUCAUCUCGGCGUUGGAGGUGUAGUGUCAUAUUCAAGUCUCAGGAUGCGUGAGAUAGUCCACAUUCAGGCCGGGCAGUGCGGAAAUCAAAUCGGAGCGAAGUUUUGGGAGGUUAUCUCGGACGAACAUGGCAUCGACCCCACCGGAACUUACCAUGGGGACUCGGACCUUCAGUUAGAACGGAUCAAUGUAUACUACAAUGAAGCCUCUGGAGGUAAAUACGUGCCUCGUGCCAUUCUUGUGGACUUGGAGCCUGGUACCAUGGACUCUGUGCGGUCUGGGCCUUUCGGACAACUCUUCCGACCAGACAACUUUGUGUUCGGCCAGAGUGGUGCUGGCAACAACUGGGCAAAGGGUCACUACACGGAAGGCGCCGAAUUGGUGGACUCGGUUCUUGAUGUUGUUCGCAAGGAAGCAGAAGGCUGUGACUGUCUGCAAGGAUUCCAGCUUACCCAUUCUCUCGGUGGAGGUACUGGGUCUGGCAUGGGCACACUUCUUAUCUCCAAAAUUCGUGAAGAGUACCCAGACCGCAUCAUGAACACCUUCAGUGUUGUUCCAUCGCCUAAGGUUUCAGACACUGUUGUUGAGCCCUACAAUGCCACCCUUUCCGUGCACCAGCUGGUGGAAAACACUGAUGAAACUUACUGCAUCGACAAUGAGGCUCUCUAUGACAUUUGCUUCAGAACCCUCAAGCUCACCACUCCUACAUAUGGCGAUCUCAACCACCUAGUUUCAGCAACAAUGUCUGGUGUCACAACUUGUCUGAGGUUCCCUGGCCAACUGAAUGCCGACCUGCGUAAACUGGCUGUCAACAUGGUGCCCUUCCCACGUCUCCACUUCUUCAUGCCUGGCUUUGCUCCACUGACAUCGCGUGGCAGCCAGCAGUACAGAGCGCUGACUGUGCCGGAACUGACACAGCAGAUGUUUGAUGCAAAGAACAUGAUGGCUGCCUGUGAUCCGCGCCACGGCCGCUACCUCACAGUUGCUGCUGUUUUCAGGGGCCGAAUGAGUAUGCGAGAAGUUGACGAGCAGAUGCUCAACGUGCAGAACAAGAACUCUAGCUACUUUGUAGAGUGGAUCCCAAACAAUGUGAAGACUGCAGUGUGCGACAUUCCACCUCGUGGUCUCAAGAUGUCUGCCACAUUCAUUGGCAACAGCACUGCCAUCCAGGAGCUGUUUAAGAGAAUCUCUGAACAAUUCACUGCCAUGUUCAGGCGCAAGGCCUUCCUUCACUGGUACACUGGGGAAGGUAUGGACGAGAUGGAGUUCACAGAGGCCGAGUCGAAUAUGAAUGACCUGGUGUCUGAGUACCAGCAGUACCAGGAGGCCACAGCUGAUGAGGAGGGAGAGUUUGAAGAUGAAGAGGAGGCCCAAGCAGAGGCAUAAGCAAGCCAAUUUUUAAAGAAUUGGAGAUAAUGGUGCUUUUAUUUUUCUCCACAAUAAAGUUUUUUUAUUUAA